UUGCUCGUUUUUUGGGGGAGGAGGGAUUGCUUGUUUGUUUCUAAGGUAACUUAAGUGACAUAACGCUUACAGGGCAUGAUUCAGGUGCUACCUCCAGUUUAUGACAGCAAACCCAAUGGCCACGAGUCCCUGCAGCCCCUCACAGCUUUGUGUAGCUUUCAGUACUAAUGAGGAAGGCCUUCCUUCCCUGGGUCCCAUUGCCCAGGCUGGUAUGAAAACAAGAAAUACUGCUCACUAAUUCUGUGAUUGCCUGUUUUGAAUGAAGAACAGUGACAGCCAUUCUCUGACUGAAGGCCACCUUAGCAUGAGUUGUGUUGGUUUUAAGAUGGCGUGUUAUAAUCACUGCAUCUACAGGUGUAAUUCCUCCUGCACAGUGAAGAUCUACUGAUAAGAUAAAGAAGGCACUUGGGUUUGUUUUAUGCGAUUCCUGAUUAGCAGAUCUCUGUCUCUGGGCACUUCUCUCUUUUUGCUCUCCCCUGAGGGAAUAAACCAUCUACCAGUACUCUGCCCCAUUAGUUUUUUAUGAUCAUUGGGAAGAACACAACAAGUGGCUCCCACAGGAGAGUUGUCCUCUGCCAGAGAGCAAAGCCCAGGAACACUGUAAUGUGCUUUACAUUCUGUGGUCUUUAUCACAGAAAUCCCCGUUUGACCCUUCGAAAGACUUUUAAAGUUCAAUGAAAGCAGAGGACCCAGCCUUUCUUUUCUGCGUUCACAAUCUGAUAAGAUGAUUUUUCUCUCCAUUUGUUUGAAAUGGUGCUUUGCCUUAAAGGCAACCAUAGGUUUUUGAAUUAUCUGAUGAAGUUUCAUGUCACUCUUCAUUAUAGCAAGAAGAAACUUGAGAUAUUUUAAGGAUAAGAAACAAGGAAAUACCAUUUUCUCAAAAAUUGUCUCAAAACACCAAUCUUGGGAUUUUCCUACAAUUUGAGAUAAAGGUUUUUAGUGUUUCGCAGUAAGUAAUGCAAAGCAAAAAAAUUAGAACAGCAGAACUGUCAGAACUAGCAAAAACUGUUGAAAUCGUUCCUCAAAAAGCUUAUCCAGUCUAUCAUAUUUAUUGAUUUAAACAAUAUCAUAUAUUCACUGCAGGGGAGUUGGACCAGAUGGCCCUUAGAGGUCCUUUCCAACUCUAAGGAUUCAAGGAUCCUAUGAUUUACACAAUCUGCUUUUCAGAUAUCUAAUGACUUCAUAACAUUUGGACAACAAAAUUGCUUUCUAUUUAUUGAUAACUUCACCAUUUUGGUAAGAUCAUUUUUCCAAAAAGAAUUUUUUUGAUUUGGAGGUGAGUAGGAUAAACAUUAAAACAGCUGCUUUUGGUAUGUAGCACUGGUGGCUCCCCUUGGAUACAAAGUAGAUUUUCAGCCUGCCUUUUUCUCUGUAGAGCACUUUGAGAUCUCUGCUGUAGUAAAGGGCUGUAUUUUCUUUGAAUAAUGAAAUUUUACAUGUACAUUUUGUCAUAAACAUUCUAUUUCCUUUGUAUUGCACCUGGACUGUGCUGCAGUACGCAGAUUCAUACAGUAGGCACAUAACAGAAAACCAGGUAACAACUGUAACUAUGUUAUUCACACUCUUGAAAUUUGUUAGCAUUGGUCUUUCUUACCAGUAAUGCAUUUUGAGGAACAAGUUCGGGGAAAGGAAGAAAUUCCUGUCUCUGCUCAGUGUAUAGUCCUGAAAUAGUUAUUGCUAUUUGAAUUGUGCAAAGCAUUACGGAAUGAUAACAGUUUACACUGACUGCUCUCUCGCCCAUUUGUGGGAGAAAUAGCAAGAAGGAAUUGUAGGAUCUUGUCCUUUGUCUGAACUUCUGGCUAUUUUGGUUCUUUUCAAUGCUUUUUUAGAAAAAUUCCAAAAAUUAUGGAGUUGCAGCAGGCCUGGUCUGUGUUACAGCAAUCAGCAUACACAUGCUCUGCAUUCUAACUCUCUAAAAUAUCCAGUCACAUGUAAUUCAAGACAAUAUUGUGGCCUGAGCUCCAAACUGCCUCCCCCAAACUGCCUCAUACUCUUGCCCACAAAAUGUAGUCAAUUUCUAUUUUAAGGCAAAGCUUAGGUUGUGAGAUACAGCUUCAUUAGGACCACUAUACUUCAAAUCACCUUCCACUCCAAAGAACAAGUCUGUUCUCUUUUUACAGCUGUGUCAGAGUGUAACUAAGAUACCCACAACUAAGACAUCCACUGAGACAAAAAUGCUGCUUUGCAUACUUUGAGUAUGAGAAUAGGAAAACAACAUAGCUUAAUGUGAUUCUGAAUCAGUAGAGAUUGCAGUAUUGCAUAAGAAAAUACUGCCUUUCACAUAGGCAAGGAUACAGCAUUGACCUGUCACCUGAUGAGUGGUGGAUUUAAGCAGGGAGUACACGAGUCUCCUGUAGCACUAGGAGGGGUCCUUGUACGACUUGGUGAGGGUGUCUCUCUCUGCUGAACUCCUGGCACUUUAAUUUUCUUGCCAGCCAGUAGGGGACAAACUUCACCGAAGAAUUCCUCAGCACUUGGAUCCCAGACAGAUUCCAGCCCAAACAUAAACUCACAACGUGUAAGGGAUAUUUUCACCCUUGUUUACUCUUAAUAUUCUGGUUCUUAAAAGAAAAUAAAGUAUAACAUUUAUUUUAAAAAAAGUAUGUUGUGCUGCCUGCUUCUGUUCACCAUAUAUGUAUAUUACCUAUCUAAUCUUGUCAGAAGACAAUUAACUGAUUAGUGGUUUAUCUGAUAUCACAUCCUUCCAAAGUUCUGUAAAUACCUACCUUUAAAGAAUGCAAUUCAUUCCUGUAAGAUCCAGGUUCCAUUUCAGUGAAAUCAGCAGUAGAACAUGAAUGACAGAAGGCAUCAGUCUCUAUUCUUUGCCAGUCUGCCAGAUCUGCAGAAACUCUGUGCUGCUACAAUAACACUGAGCCCCCAGUUACCAGAAAGUGAGAUGAGGAGCACUCAGAUAAAAGUCUGCAGACAGCUAAUAUUCCUGUAUCAAGACGUCCUUUCUGCACCUGUUAUUGGAACAUUAAAUCAAAUUUCAGUUGUCAUGGCGAUACAAUUCUACAAAUCAGGAUUAUGUGAAGCAUAUGUAGAAAGACAAGGAGCUACUCUGGCAGCACCACAGAAAGUUAAUCCAGCCAUCCUCCAAAACUGUCUCUCCUACACACUCACAGCCAGACUUACACCUAGGUGGAACAAGGCUGGUCAUCUCCUGGUGCAAGGAAGAGAUUUUUUGUCUCAAACAGGAAGGCAAAAUGCAGUUGUUCUAGACAUCAAUGUAUCAGAGAAGCAGCUUUGCAUCAGUGUGGAGGCUUGCUCAGUCCGUUUACCACCCCCCGAGCUGGAAGAUUCUGAUAUUUCGGCUAACGCCAUAAAGCUGUUUGAAAGCAAUGAAAACACAGUUAUUGAUGGUCAUUCCAUAUUAACUAACUGGUGCUAUGUUUUGCCAAGCAUGAAAAUGGGUCAGAUCAUAAACAUCAGCCAUAGAAUUCCUCCAGGAUCUCCUUUCCACUCAUAUGAAGAAUUUCAGAUGCACUGGAAGAAUCUGUAUGGAUAUGUUCUUCCAGAGAAUACUGAGGGGAGAGAAAUAUACUUGAGUGUUUACUUCAAGCCAAUAGGGGAAAGGUUAUUUACGUACCCUCUAAGAUGCAUUCGGAGUCAGCCAGUGCAGUAUUUCCCUAGAACAGAUUUAGAAAGUGUAUUGAAUUCUUUUAUUUCUGAUGCAAAGGCUAAGUUUUCACAUCUGUGUGGAUUUCCAGUAAGGAUGUCAAGCAAAGCACUUUAUGCUACACAGGAACUCUCCCGGACCCCAGUGUGUGAAAUACAGUCUGAGUCUAUGAAAUUGGCUGGAGAGAUGGUUUGUGUAGUAUCCCUGACCCAGACACCUCCAAGGAAGCAGGCUUUGGCUAGCAUUUCUUCGUCACGCAGUAAGGAGAACAGCCACUGGAUGGAGCAUUUGAUCAAAGAGCCAAAACCGCACAAUUUCUCAAGUAGCCAGAAAAGUGCAGAAGAGAUCAGCGUUGAAGCAACUGAGAAAUUAAUCAGUAAGCAAAUACCUGGAAUAUCAGAGCUACCACUUUGGAAGUCCUUAGGAGUGCCUGGAAGCUCUGCCUUUAAACACCCUCCAAAAAAGAUUAGUAAGAUUAUACCAAUCUUCAAAGGAAGGUUAACACAGAUGAAUGGAAACACCACAAAUCAAACUGAUGGGAAGGGAAGAAAAAAUGUUGAAAGACAAUCACCAGUAAAAUGUGUUAAAUCUUCUAUGUUGACUGUUUGCAAGUCCAGCUUAGCUGGGGUUUAUAAGCCUGCUACUCACAGCAGCUCAUUUCAGAUAAUUACUGAGAAAGCAUGUAUAAAACAAGAUGUAUCUGUAUUUCAGUGGAAAACAGAGUCCAGUGGACAAAUGAUUAAUUCUGACUCUUCCAGUAACUCAGCUGCAGGUUGGAGUUCAUGUGAAGUCAGUCACAAUAAGGUAAACUCUCCUUCACUGCAUAAGAAUGUUAGGUCAGUGCUUCAGAAAUCUGGUAUCAGUCCAAAACUAAAUACAUUUGCAUCUUCCACUUCCAAUUCAAGAGUGGGAAAAAAUUUUGCAAGUCAAAAUACCAUACAAGUUCUUAGGAAACAAUGCCAGUCAAAGAAAGUACAUUUGCAGAAUUGUAAAUUAGAGAAUGAAGUGAGAAAUUCCAGUUUAUUACAGCGACAAACAAAGAAAUCAAAUGAAGGACGAGGGUUAAAUAUUCAUGAAUCCAUCUUAAAUGAUACAGUGUGCAUUGCCAAAAAUGAUGAAAGCAAAGCAUCCUACCGUUCUAAGAACUGUAUUGCUAAGACAACCUGUCUUCCUUCCAACUCUGUCUGUGAACAGACAUGUGAUGAAGCAGUGACCUCAAAUCUGAUUCAUUCAACGAAGGAGAGCAACAGGGAAGCAUCUGUAAAGAAAGGCUCUGCCAGAAAAAGACAGAAAGAAGAAGGCUCCUCAAAAUUAAAGAAAGUCAAAAGAAAUAAGCCUUUUAUUUAGGAUAUAAUGAAGUACUGAAGAGAAUUCUGGGCUUCCAAGAGGCCAUUAACGCACUUGAGGAUCUCUGAGCUUUGUGACCUUUACUCUGUUUAUGUCAUGUCACUGCUACCUGUUCUGGAUGAAAAAUUGAAGGUGAAAUACAUA